AUGGAGGAAUCAGUACGAGAAGUCCUUUUCGAGACUCGUAAUCACGCUUCCAGACCUUACUCCUCCGAUUAUCCCCCUCAACAGCAGCUGAACAAAGGUGGCAGUGGGAGUUUACUUUCAUAUCUUCCAAUUCAAGGCAUUACUCAACUUAAAGAGAAAUGGAGUGAAUAUAGGCAGCCGAGAAGAUUAAGACGAUUAGUAUCCUUGUUCGUCACCGCAAGAGGUGACCAUGUUGCUGUAGCUUCUGGAAAUCAAAUAACAAUUUUGCAGAAGGAUAAUGACUACCAGGAGCCAGUUGGAAUGUUCAACAGUGGGAAUACUGGCAUUUUCACAUGUGGAACUUGGUCAGAAGCUCAUGAGGUCCUUGGAGUUGCUGAUGAUACUAAUACACUCUAUUUCAUGAAAGCUAAUGGGGAAGAAAUAACCAGAGUUACAAAGAGACAUUUAAAUGCCUCUUUACCAAUUGUAGGCUUGGUUGUGCUGGACGACACUUAUAUGAAGAAAUCUUGCUUGUGCACAUUCAGUGUCCUAAUAUCAGAUGGUUGGAUGCAUGAUAUAGAGAUCAGCAAGGAUCCAAGUGCCUCCAUUUUGUCAGCUCACAGUUUGAGUUCAAAGCAGUUCCCUCAGAAUGUUUUCUGCUUGGAUUAUCAUCCUAACCUUUCUUUGUUUGCUCUAAUCAGUAGUGCUGGAGAUAUCCAAUCGACAUCUAAUGGGAGCACUGGAUCUUGUUCUGUUUCUCUUUGGCGAAGAAACAGGAACUUAGGUAUGGAGCCAGAUACCUUUACUCAAUUUGAAGGUUUAUAUUCCAUAUCAACUGCUUAUCUUGGUCAAUUGACAUCUCCAAAGGUGCUACUCUCACCACAAGGAAAUUUUAUUGCUACUCUGGAUAUGCGAGGACACUUCUUUAUGUUUAAAUAUGAUGAAGAGAAGCAUUCUCUUUCAAAAUUAUCCUUUGGCAAGAGCUAUAACACGGAGGUUGUAAUUGAGAUGUCAAGUAGUGGCACAGAAUUCAUAAACGAUAUAGUUGAUUUUACUUGGUGGUCUGAUAACGUCCUUACUGUUGCAAAAAGAAAUGGCACCAUCACCAUGAUUGGAAUUCUUACUCGUGUCAAAUUGCCAGAGAAUGAUCCUGUAUAUUCAAUGCCCCUUUUAGAGAGAUCACGACAGUGUCCGGGGCAUCUUUUUCUUUUAGAGAAUACUUCAUCUGAGGAGAGAAAUGAAAUAUCUGAACACAAGGGCGCUAGUCCUGUUGAACAGGUCACAAUAGAUAAAUCUAACCGGUUCGAUUUUUCCCGACUGCGAUGGAGCUUAGUAUCAUUUUCUGAAAUAUCUGUUCCUGCAAAGUAUGAUAAAUUAAUUACUGAUCAAAAGUAUCAGGCAGCUCUUGACUUUGCUGAUCGACAUAAUUUAGACAAAGAUGAAGUGUUGAAAUCUAAAUGGUUGUCUUCUGGCCAAGGAGUAAAUGAGAUAAAGACAUUACUGCCCACCAUCAAGGACCAAGCUUUCUUACUUUCUGAGUGUUUGGAAAGAGUAGGACCAACGGAAGAUGCACUGAAGGCUUUACUUACAUUUGGACUCCGCCUAACAGAUUCUUACAGGUUUUCGGAGUCUGAGGAUGAUGAAUCUGGCCAGAUUUGGGAUUUUCGGAUGGCAAGGCUGAAGUUGUUGCAGUUCAGAGACAGGCUGGAGACAUUUCUUGGGAUAAACAUGGGCAGGUUCUCUGUGCAGGAGUAUAAGAAAUUCCGGAAUGUUCCGGUUAGGGAAGCUGCUUUAGCACUUGCAGGGGAUGGAAAGAUUGGGGCCUUGAAUCUCCUAUUUAAACGUCAUCCUUAUUCUUUGAUUCCUUCGAUGUUGGAAGUUUUAGCUUCUAUCCCUGAGACCAUUCCAGUUCAAACUUAUGGGCAGAUGCUUCCCGGAACUUCUGCUCCUUCCAGUAUUUUUCUUCGGGACGAAGAUUGGGUUGAAUGUGAUAAGAUGGCAAUGUUUAUCCAAAAACUCCCUAAGAAUCACGAGAGCUGGAUCCAGAUAAGAACUGAACCCAUUAUGCUGAAAUGCAUGGAAUUUCAAUGGCCAUCCACUUCUGAACUGUCUUCUUGGUACAAGGGAAGAGCUAGAGAUAUUGAUACCUUAAGUGGUCAGCUAGACAAUUCCUUGUGCUUGGUUGAUUUUGCAUGUCGUAAGGGAAUUUGUGAUUUACAUCCGUUCCUUGAGGAUGUCUCUUACUUGCACCAGCUUAUUUAUUCAGACGACAGUGUAGAUGAAAUUAACUUUUCUAUGAGCCUUGCUGCCUGGGAACAACUUCCUGAUUAUGAAAAGUUCAAAUUGAUGCUAUUGGGCGUGAAGGAGAAUAAUGUAAUUGCAAGAUUACACAAAAAGGCAAUUCCAUUUAUGCAAAGGAGGUUUCCCUCAGCUACCACAAUUCCUGGUGACAAAGUUAAUUUUGAUCAUUCUACACCAGAUAAGAUGACUUGUUCAUUUCUGGUUAGAUGGCUGAAAGAGAUUGCUGAGAAUAAAUUAGACACGUGCUUAAUGAUUAUUGAAGAAGGGUGCAGGGACAUUGAAAACAAUCUCUUUUUUAAGGAUGAAGCUGAAGCAGUGGACUGUGCUAUCCAGUGUGUAUAUUUGUGUUCUGCUGUAGAUAGGUGGGAUACCAUGUCUGCCAUUUUGUCUAAACUUCCACACAUACAAGAUGAAGCUGAGGAUCUCAAGCAAAGACUCAAACUUGCAGAAGGCCAUGUUGAAGCAGGAAGAUUUUUGGCUUAUUAUCAGGUCCCAAAGCCCAUAAGUUUCUUCCUGGAUGCCCAUUCAGAUGUAAAGGGUGUAAAACAGAUAAUCCGUCUUCUACUUUCCAAAUUUAUCCGUCGGCAGUCAAGUCAAUCAGAUAAUGACUGGGCAAGCACAUGGCAUGAUUUGGAGUCUCUGCAAGAAAAGGCAUUUCCAUUUCUAGAUCUGGAGUACAUACUGACAGAGUUCUGCAGGGCAUUGCUUAAAGCAGGGAAAUUUUCACUAGCAAGGAAUUAUUUGAAAGGUUCCAGUACUGUAGCUUUGACACCAGAUAAGGCCGAAAGUCUUGUCAUUCAAGCUGCACGAGAGUACUUUUUCUCAGCACCAAGUCUUACUUGCCCAGAGAUAUGGAAGGCUAAGGAGUGUCUAAAUAUUUUUCCAAGCAGCAGAAAUGUCAGAGCAGAGGCUGAUAUUGUUGAUGCUCUCACAGUUAGACUUCCAAAUCUUGGGGUGAACCUUCUACCAAUGGCAUUUAAGCAAAUUAAAGAUCCUAUGGAAAUCAUUAAGUUGGCAAUUUCGAGUCAAAGUGGCGCUUAUCUAAAUAUUGACGAACUUGUUGAAAUUGCAAAACUUCUUGGAUUAAGCGCACAGGAAGACAUAUCAGCUGUACAGGAAGCUAUUGCGAGGGAAGCAGCAAUUGCUGGAGAUGUGCAACUGGCUUUUGAUCUCUGUCUCGUGUUGGCCAAAAAGGGUCAUGGUUCUGCUUGGGACUUAUGUGCUGCAUUAGCCAGAAGUCAUGCCCUUGAGAGCAUUGACUUAAAAUCUCAAAAGCUGCUUUUAGGUUUUGCUUUGAGCCAUUGUGAUGAAGAGUCAAUCAGUGAGUUGCUAAAUGAAUGGAAAGAUCUAGACAUGCAGGAUCAAUGUGAAACCUUGGUUAUGUUGACAGGAAGAGAGCCUUCAAAUUUCUCAUCACAGGGUUCCUCAAUCUCAGGAGAUUUAUGUGGAAAGGUUGACGUCUGUUUUGACGAUCAGAUAUCACAACUUAAUGACAUGGAGAGUUUACUUUCUCUGGUUGCUAAAAAUUUGUCACCGGAAAAUGGAUAUGAUUGGAAAUCCCUUCUUAGAGAAGAUGGAAAACUGGUAUCUUUUGCUCAUUUGCAGCUCCCAUGGUUGCUCGAAUUGAGUCGAGAUACAGAAUUUGGCAAAAAACUUACUUCCUGCUCAGUUUUCAGUAUACAGCAUGUUAAUGUAAGAACGCAAGCGGUGAUGACUAUUUUAUCAUGGUUGGCACGGAAUGGUUAUAUCCCAAGAGAUGAUUUGAUUGCCUCCCUGGCUAAGUCAAUUAUGGAACCACCUGUUUCUGAAGAGGAAGAUAUCAUGGGAUGUUCUUUUCUGUUAAAUCUUGUCGAUGCCUUUCAUGGAGUGGAAAUUAUUGAAGAACAACUGAGAACUAGGAAAAACUACGAUGAAUUUUCCAGCAUCAUGAAUGUGGGGAUGAUAUAUAGUUUGUUACACAACUAUGGCAUUGAAUGCAAAAACCCUGCUGAAAGGAGAGAGCUGCUGCUGAGUAAAGUCCGAGAGAAACACAAAUCACUUGGUGCAGAUGAGCGCAAUAAAGUUCACGAAGCACAGUCUUCAUUUUGGAAAGAAUGGAAAGUCAAAUUGGAAGAACAGAAGCAUGUAGCAGAUAAAUCAAGGGUAUUGGAGCAAAUAAUUCCUGGUGUUGAAACUUCACGCGUUUUGUCUGGCGAUAUGGAGUAUAUGAAUAGUAUUGUUUUUUCCCUUAUUGAUUCAGUAAAACUAGAGAAAAAGCAAGUCAUAAAGGAUGUUCUGGAAUUAGCUCGCACUUAUGGCCUGGAUCACACCAAGGUUCUCCUGUAUUACCUUAAUGCUAUACUUGUUUCCGAGGUUUGGACCAUUGAUGAUGUCAUCGCUGAAGUUUCAGGCUUUAAAAGUGAUAUACUUGCCUGUGCUGUUGAAGCAAUAAAAACCAGUGUGUUGUCCAUUUACCCUGCAAUCAAUGGGCAUGACAAGCGAAAGCUUGCUUUUAUUUAUGGCCUACUUUCUGACUGCUACAUUCAGCUUGAAGAGUCAAAAGAAUUGCCACCUAUAGUUGACAAAGAUGCACUGAAUACAAAUGCUCUUGGGUUAGCUAGUUUCUACAAGGUUGUUGAGCAAGAAUGCAACAGGGUCUCCUUCGUUGAAGGUCUGGACUUCAAAAACAUUGCCAGUUUACAAGAUUUGAACUUGGAUUGCUUCAAUGAUGAAGUUUGUGCUCAAAUUGACGAAAAUAAUGUGGAAGCAUUGGCAAGUAUGGUCGAGAACCUUGUCGGUUUCUAUGGUGAUACAGUGCCUGAGGGUCUUUUAUCAGGGAAGUCUGUUUAUAGACAUCAUGUAUUGAACUUGUCGACGGCUUUGGAAAAUAAAGCUGAAAGAGAAACUCAUAUUGAAAGCUCUGAAGAUCUCCGCUUCUUUUUGAAUGAGCUUGAGCAAACCUAUGAUAUUUGUAGAAAGUAUCUCAGAUAUAUUGAAUAUCCCGAUGUUUUGGACAUCAUGAAGCGAUUUUUCAGUGUAAUCCUACCCAUGCAUAAAUCCCGCCAGAAAUUUGGUGACUCAACUGAGCAAGAGUGCCUCAUUAUGCUUCUAAAUUUCUGGCUCGGACUGAUGAAUGAUAUGGAGGACUUUGCAUCACUGGAUAUUCCAGAUGGAAGUUGGUGUUCUAAAUGUUCUAUGACAUCUUUUAAAGUCUUCUCGUGUUUGCUUAGUAAGGGAAAAGUAUCAUCAAUUCAGGGUUGGGACACUAUUAUUAGCUAUGUGAGCUAUGGUCUUAGAGGUGGUGUUGAUGUUGAAACUUUAAAUUUCUGCCGAGCAAUGAUUAUCUCAGGUUGUGGAUUUGAAGCUGUAUCUCACAUAUUUUCUGAACUAGCGGCACAGUUCCAACCCGUUAAUUUCCAUGAUCUUCCUAGCCUCUAUUUAACUAUUCUGGAAACUGUCUUACAGGAAUUGGCUUGUGGGCAACUCAAUCACCAGAAUCUACAUUUUCUUUUAUCGUCCUUGAGUAAAUUGGAGGGUGAUUUGGAGGAUCUGCAUAAAGUAAGGUGUGCAGUUUGGAAUAGAAUGGUCAUAUUCUCUGAUAACUUGCAACUGCCUAGCCACGUUCGAUUGUACGCAUUGGAGAUUAUGCAGCUUAUCUCUGGUGGAAGGAGAAAUUCAGAAGUUUCUUCUUCUGAGCCUCCGGUCCGUGUACUGCCUUGGGAAGGUUGGGAUGAUCUGCAGGAAAGUAGAACUGCAAAUCACAACAAAAAUUCUGAUGAUCCAACGGUACGAGAUGCAUCGAGCAAUUUUAAAAAUACCCUGGUAGCCCUUAAAUCAUCUCAGUUGCUUUCAACUAUCUCACUGAACCUAGAAAUUUUGCCGGAAAAUCUUCUUACUGUGGAAUCUGCAGUUUCCAGCUUUCUUAAAUUAUCGGAAUCAGCAACAGCUGAAUCCCAUCUGAAUACAUUGGUGGCUAUGUUGACUGAAUGGGAGGGGCUCUUUAGGAAUGGAAAAGACCAAGAAGAUGAGUUGGCUGCAGAGGUAUCUGAUGCUGGGAACGGCUGGAGCAAUGAUGACUGGGAUGAAGGGUGGGAAAGCUUCCAAGAAGAAUCUAUUGAGAAAGAAACAAAGAAAGAGAAUAGUAGCCUUUAUAUCCAUCCCCUGCAUAUUUGUUGGGCGACGAUCUUCAAGAAAUUGGUGAUGUUAUCCCAACACAGGGACGUAAUGAAAUUGAUCGAUCAAUACUCAGUAAAAAAUUGUGAAAUAUUGCUGCUGGAUGAAGAUGAUGCUUGUGCACUAACUCAAAUUGCACUUGAGGUGGAUUGCUUUCUAGCUCUUCAGAUGGCAUUGAUUCAGCCAUAUACAACAAUACAGCUGCAAUGUUUAGAUGCAGUCGAGAAUAUUCUGAAGGAACGAGGUAUAACAGACAACAACGUUGUCAGGGACCACGAGUUGUUUGUUCUUGUACUAUCUUCAGGGAUCUUAUCAACCAUCAUCACUAAAUCCUCGUAUGGCACUACUUUCUCCUAUCUUUGCUAUAUGGUUGGGAAUUUUUGUCGUCAGUGGCAGGAGGCAGCCCUGCCCAUUGAAGGCGGAAAAAACAGAAAAGAAAGUUUCGAUUUUCUUUUUGUGAAACUUCUCUUUCCAUUUUUCAUAGCAGAGCUUGUGAAGGCAGAGCAACAGAUUCUUGCAGGGUUACUCGUCAACAGAUUCAUGCACACAAACGCUUCACUUAGCUUGAUCAAUAUCUCAGAAGCCAGUCUUAAAAGAUAUUUGGAAAGCCAACUCCAAGUACUAAAAGAAAAGGAGUCGUCCUCUUGGGAAAACGUCGACUUUUGUGGACCUCUGUCGAAUACUCUCGCUAGUCUUGGACCAAAAUUGGUAAAUUUGGUCCAAUCGGCUCUCUCUUUACUUCCAACUAACGUUGUUACAUAA